AUGGGUGUAAAGGGGCUAUGGAAAAUAGUUAACGAAUGUGGAAUGCAAGAAGAUCCAAGUGGUCUUACUUUAGCAAUAGAUACAAGUAUAUGGGUCCAUCAAUACAAAGGAAUGUCUGAAAUUGAUGCAAUUUAUGUCAUAUCAAAAAAGAUAAUAAAACUACUUUAUCAUAAUAUUAAACCGGUUUUUAUAUUUGAUGGUCCUCCAAAUCCACUAAAAAAGAAAGUUUUAGACGAGAGAAAAAAAGAAAAAAUUGAUGCAUUAAUUAAAGAUAUUGUAAAUAAUGCUAAUUGUAAAAAAUGUAAAGUUUCUAUAAGAACAUGUGUGCAUGGUGGUCUUUUAAAGGACAAUUUUAACGAAGGUGAUAUUGAAGCAAAUACUGAAUGGGGUGAUGUAUAUGAUGAGUCUAAGAUUCACUCAACUAUACACGACAAAUUACUUGAUAAUAAGAAAGAUUGUAUAAAUACACAUAAGAUUGAUUGUAGCUUAGCAAAUAAUGCACUGAUUACACAAAUCAGUGACAUUAAGACUCUCAUUGAAAAUAAAUCUUAUUCUAAUGCGCAAAAACUUAAGACACUAGUAAAAAUGCGAGAACGUAGAAAAAAUCGGUUAGAGUUUAACGAUUCUUCUUUGGCAGCAUUUUCUAGUUCACAAAUCAAAAAUAUUAAGAAUAGAAAUCUUGUUAGUUAUUACAUAAAAAAACUUGAAACAAAUCAAGCCAAGAGAGUUGGUUCGGAUUGUAAAAAAAGCUUUGUUUUGCACAAAAAUUACGAUUUAACGAAUAAUUUAGUUAAAGAAAACGAAGAAAACUCAAGUUCUGAAUUAAAUGAAUUUUUAGAACUUGAAAAUAUAGAAAAGAUUGAUUCUAAACUUAAUGAAAAUGAUACAUUUUCUAUAAAUUUACAAAAUGAUAAAAUGAAAACUGACCUUAUUUGUAGUAAUAAUUUUAAAAAAAAUAAUCACAACAUUUCUUGUGACACAAUAAAUAAUUCGGUUAUUGUUUGUAAAACUGAAAGUGAAAAAUUUAAUGAUGGUUUUUUUGGCCAAGAAAACUUUGAUAUAGAUACUAAUAUUGAAGAAAAUGUAAUAGAUUACAACUUUAAUGUAAGUCGUCCUAUUAAAAUUAAUGUUAAACAAUCAUUCAAUGAUGAAUCCUUAGAUUUUUUAAGCAUUCAAUCGAUAAUUAAAGAUAUUUUAAAAAUAUUUAAUAUGCCAUAUUUAGAUUCGCCGUCCGAAUCUGAUGCACAGUGCGCUUCUUUGUGUAAGUCUGGUGUAGUUGAUGGUGUCAUAACAGAAGAUAGUGAUAUUUUGUUACAUGGCGGUGUUGUUUAUAAAAAUUUUUUUCGUAAAAAUAAAUACAUCACCAAAUACGAUCCUAAAAAAAUUUAUGAAGUGAUGGGGCUAUCUUUAAAUGACUUAAUAAGCUUAGGAUACAUUCUUGGAUCAGAUUAUACAGUUGGCAUUAAAGGAAUCGGCAUCAAAAAGGCAGUAGAAUAUAUUAAGUCCGAAGAUUUUAAAAAUUUAGACAUAAAAAAUUACUAUAAUAUUUAUUUACAAUGCCCAGUUAGGGAAGACUGGAUACCACAGUUUAAAACCAUAGAAUUAGAAAAAAUAAUUAGGUACUGGUCAACUAAUGGACUAGAUAAAGAAAAGAUUGAUGAACUUAAAUUUUAUCUUACAACAAAAAAGUAA